UACCAUUAUGAGCGGUAAGCAUUAAAAGAUGACGGCUCUGUGUCCAUCCUUUUCUUCCUCUUAUGUAAUCUCGUCUGAUCGCAUCAAUUUUCUUCUUUCCAUUUCUUGACAUCUUUGUUGAUCAAGUGCAGUCGUAGCUGCAGGAUGGCUAUUCCACUUACAAUGGCUGGACCGCAGUAUCAUGACGACUUCGAUUCUACACCUAAGCAAGGCUCAACACCAACACAAGAUCAACCUUUAGACCAGCCUCGAGAACAGGUACAACCGUUGUCAGCUCACGAUACAUCAUCUCUUCCCGCCAAAGAUCAUAUAUGGAAGGCCAGACUUAACCUUCGUCUCUUCUCCAUCUGUGUUGACGCUCUUCUUCUUGUCAUUGUCUCUUUAUUGGCCUCUAGUUCUAGUGAUGGAACAAUCUCCAUCAUCUUCUUUGGGGUUAUCACUGCCCUUGCUCUAAUAUGGAACUUUGCGGACUCUAUCCAUCUCUGGACCAGAAGAUAUCGCAGCUUUAGUCCCUCCGUACGGAUUUACCUCGAUCUUCCCUUGUCGAUUCUCUUUGCAAUCUUGUCACUUACCUGUGGUUAUUUCGGUCCUUCGGAUCACGCAGUUCCCGGCUCAGCUCCAAGCACAGACGAGUCACAUCUUGGGAGACGAGCGCUUGGAUGUUUCGGCAUCACCAAAGUUCUCGUUCACAUGAUUCUAGUUUUCGUGGCUUACUACGAGAGAACACAAGCAAAGUCGUCCACAUUACAAAAUAACUAUGAGAGGACUGAGGGGGAUAUACCCAGAGACGAGGAAGAAGGGUUGCUAUUUAGCGAAAAUUCUGUCUCAAACAGAUAGUCGUGCUCAUUGACAGCUAGCGACUUGCGUUUCGUUUUCCACGCAUUAUACCAAUAACAUAGAGAGAUACCAACACAAGGAAGUAACAAGCAUAGGAGAUACCACCACCACUAAAUCCUUUUUUAUCCUGUUCCUAAUUUUCAGUCUCAGUACGUUCAAUCUCCAGUCUCUACCCCAUCACUGCCAACUCACAUCUUCCCGCCGCCUGGG